AUGAUGGAGUCAGAUUACAGAGGAGGAUCAGCAUGUUGCUUUUGCUUCUCCUCCGGCAAGAAGAGUGUUGAAAGGAAUGGCAAAAGCAGUGGCGUGUUGGGUUCAGAGGACGUUGAAUGGGGAAAGAAUGAUGAGAUGAUGCUAUCUGACAGGAGCACGUUUUGUGUGAAAGAACAAGAAAAGAGGCUGAAGAAAGCGUUGGAAGAGGAAGAAAGGGUGAGCAAGGAAGCAGAGAGGGUUGUCCAAUGGGUCAAGCAGGAAUCAGCAAGAAUCGAUGUUUCCACGAUCAAAUCGAUUCUCUCUGAUCCUCCGAAAGAACCAAAUCUUAUGUAA